GAGAUAUUGUACUUAAGAAGAACAGACUAUCUCGACUUUUUUCUUUUCGGCUCUCCAGAUAAGCACCUGGUGAGGACGAUGCUAACACUGCUAACACUGCUAGCAAAAAGGUCAGUAACGGCUACUGUUACCCAGCAGCCGUUAGCAGCCCUGCUGUCCCACCUCGACUUGAACCAGACCAGCAGCAUCACAGAGGACCUGAGCAGCAGCCUGACACUGAGGCAGAGAGCCACAGCCCGGCUGAAACAGCCACCUGUUGAGCUGCACCACCUCCGGUAUGCCCCUGGCACCUGAGCCCGGGUCCGACACCGACAUGGAGUCGGCCGACAGAACAGGACAGACACUUGGCAGUCAUGUGACAUGGACGCGGCAGGUACAAAAGAAUGGACCAAAAUAUAUAGCUCAGUCGAGGAGGAGAGGGAAAGAAAGGAGGAGGAAAUGGAAGAAGAGAGACACCUGAGAGGUUGAAAUAACAAAUACAGAAUUGUUUGAUGUUUGACCUGAGGGAGCCGCUCAACACUCAAAACGAACAAGCAGUGCAAAGGGCGCCUGUCCAGGGUCUCCCUUCACCAAAGGCCCCAGCAAUGGGUGUGAUCCCUCACUGGCUUCUCACCACUCAGCACAUGGAGUUUGGUUUGUAGAGAUGCCACAGUGGGACAGGAGGGAAGACCCAUCUGGUGAAGAGUGAAUGAAAAAAAGGACGGAGUAAAGAAAAACACACGGACAAGAGGCAAAGAGGGAGAGAAACAAUUCCAAGGAGGGAGGGGACGAUGCGCAGAGCUCCAUGAUAGAGGAGAGACGGAGUUGAGAAUUGAUAGAAACAGGAAGGGAGAGAAAAACAAAAACACACACAAAGUCCUGGAAGAGACAGACGGGACUGAAAGUGAAAGAGAGGAAGCCGCACAGGACAAAGACGCUCGGAGCUUUGAGGAGGUAGGAAGGGAAAGCGAGGGACUGGUUGAGGGAGGGAAGAAACAUCUGGAUGGUCUCCACAGCGACGGCCAGCAGGUUACCCCCCCUCCGAAGAUGGCCUCCAACUUCAACGACAUCGUCAAGCAGGGCUAUGUACGCAUGCGCAGCCGCAAGCUGGGGAUCUAUCGGCGUUGCUGGCUGGUGUUCAAGAAGUCAUCCAGCAAAGGACCUCGACGUCUGGAGAAAUACCCUGAUGAGAAGUCUGCCUACAUCAGAGCCUUUCCUAAGGUGACAGAGAUUAGCAACGUCAAGAAUGUCACGCGGUUGCCUCGAGAUACCAAGAGACAGGCAGUGGCCAUUGUGUUUACAGACGACACCUCGCGCACCUUCACCUGUGAAUCAGAGCUGGAGGCAGAGGACUGGUUUAAGACGCUGUCGAUUGAGUGUCUUGGCACACGGCUCAAUGACAUCAGCAUGGGAGAGCCCGACCUCCUGGCUGCAGGAGUACAGUGUGAACACACAGAGCGCUUCAACGUGUUCCUCCUCCCCUGUCCCAACCUGGACAUCUACGGCGAGUGCAUGAUGCAGAUCACCCACGAGAACAUUUACCUGUGGGACAUUCACAACCCACGCACCAAGCUGGUCACCUGGCCGCUCUGCUCCCUGCGGCGCUACGGACGUGAUGCUACUCGCUUCACUUUCGAGGCUGGACGGAUGUGUGACAGCGGCGAAGGCCUCUACACCUUCCAGACCAGAGAGGGAGAGCAGAUCUACCAGAGGGUUCACUCCUCUACGCUGGCGAUCGCAGAGCAGCACAAGAAGGUCCUGCUGGAGAUGGAGAAGAACAGCAGGUUGAUGUCUAUGGGUUCAGAGCCUGGAUCCUACCCCUGCACCCCCACCGCCAUCCUGCCCCGAUCUGCCUACUGGCACCACAUCACUGGAAACCAGACUGGCAUGGAUCCUUGCAGUGGUGAUGCUUCAGACGAUGACCUGCUGUCCACCCGCCUGCCUCCCGACCGCCCCGCCACGCUGCCCCUGGCAAACACACACGCACAGUCCCAGCCACACAUACACAAACACUCCCCGACACACUACCCCACCUACCCUGGACAGUGACACAAACACUCAGACUAUGUGGACAUUUGAAAAGACGCAGACAGAGACACACGCAUAUCCACAUGCAUGCAGGCACACAGAGCUCACACACACUGAAAGAGACACACACUGUCCCUGCUUAGGUUAGUUUUACAGCCCAACGUUACACCUCACAGGAGAAAGGCGGGACUAACACUGGCCCACAGACCAUGCUGAAUGCAGAAAGCAGGAAGUGAAACUAAAUUCAGCAGAAGACUGCGAGGAGAUUGAGCUUCCUUACAUGACUGCAGCUCCUACAAUUCCACAGUAGAUGGGGGAUAUUUGACGUUUUUCCACACUCAGGGUGAGAAACUCUGGCAUCUAUCAGAGGCCCUCAGUUCGCUUUAAACAACCUAAGUUGAAUUAUAUGUCUAACCAGGUCUAAGUGUUUCCAUCUGUUCUUAAUGUCCACUUUCAAAGGCAGGGUGAAAAGCCGAUAAGAAUAAUUUAUAGGGAUUAUUUUUUAACUGAAUUUAACCUACAGGUUUUUAUUGAAAUUCUGAUUUAAAUAGUAAAUCACUGUCAGUGUGAGAUACAGCUGAUAGCAUAUUUUACAACAUUGUGAAGUGAAACAACACUUUGCUUUUGUUAGCCAAUGCUGAUCACAAACCUAUCUUGUCACCAAGCUGCCCGGAUAGAUUUGAUAUAUUUUUAGUAAGUAAUCUGUGAUUUAGUUACUACAGUAGGACUAGAAAUACUGGAUCUGAUGAGUUUCUCACCCUCUGAGUGACACAAUUUCCAAAUGGCUGCCAUGGGAUUGACGUCAAUAAAGCCCAGGGUGUUUCACUGAAUACUGCGUGGACGGGGACUGCAUGGUGCCUUAAUAGCACCACAUGGACUGUGCUAUCAUCGGAAAUAUACUGACAUCUUGGAUUCCCUCGUGGAAAGUUCCCAGCGUGCCAGUGCCAGCUGACACACUUGUCUGAAGAACACUUGAUCAUUUCACUGUACAUCCGCGUCUGGAUCAAUGCCUUUGAUUUCGCUGAUAACUGACUUUGCAGUUACUGGAUCUGUUUGCUGUGCUGAGGUUCUUAACCGUGGAAUGAAACUGUGAUUGGAUUCAUUUUUAUGGAUUGGCUCCUGUACUGAACUGGAUAUUCACCCUUAGAGCUGCGGACUUUCUUAGGGAUGUAUCCUAUUCCACCUCCUAGUAGCCACAUGCUUUUAUUGAGCUAUAUUUGCACAGCCCUGUUUUUUUCUUAGGUUAUUUAAGGGUUAGAUGUCAAAGAGGGAAUUACAGUGUAGAGGUCAACAGAUAUAUGAUGAUACAUUUGGACUGAUUCUGCCAUUAACUGAUAUUCAGUGUCUUUACAUAUGACCCCUUGAAUGCCAGAUGCUCUUUUUUCCUUAAUUUAUUUCUUACAAGAGCGACAAAACCCUUAACACUGAAAUGGGAAACACAUUGGCGUUCAUAGAUUCUGUAAUGGUCAGGGGCAUCUCUUCCUCCCACAAGGCCGGGGUUCAUUCCUGCACUAACGUCACACCUGAGUGGAAGCUGAACUAGAGGAGUAUCAGGGCACACUGAAGGGGAACAUGGGGGAACUUGGGCUGCCGACAGGGGCUCUUCAGGUGCCUCACUUUUCCGACAUGAUAGGUGACAUCAGGUCAAAAAUGAAUCAUGGAAUCAUCCCACUGAGCUACAGGCACAUCAUGGUUAAAUAUUACCCAAGAGUCACACCAGAGCAGCACUUGAGCACAUCAUGGGAAAAUUAAGACCAACUUAAAGAGGGCACUUGGACCAACCAGAGCUAUUGAGCUAACCCAAGCCAUGUUUCCACCAAACACUUUUGGUAUAGUACCCCUGGAACUGAUACAUAACCCGUACAGACAUGUAGCUAAACCCUAGAUCUGACAGCACUCUUAAAUGGAGGCGUGGUUCUCCUCUUUACUGACGAUGCAGAGGUGUGUCUGCACCUCAUUAAUCAUCCACGGAAUAGGGUGGCAUAUCGACAUUUUCAUUAUUAAAUAGAAAAGGAUUUAGUGUUUAGUCUUUGUUGCAAUAAUGGCCGCAUUAUUUAGGUUGCCCUCAGUGAGUUGCUAAAAAAUAGUGGGUUUGUCCUUUGAGUCCUUGUCGAGCAAGAGUGAGGAUUGUCUCUGGACAAAUCAACAGAUUACAGUGUUUCUAGCUCCACCUUUUAAUAUCAGAUCAGUGUGCUAGCUACCUCAGUAGAGGGGUGACAAAAAACAGUAUAAUGGAGCGCUUUUAUGGGUACCAUCCACAAGUUUCGACAAUAGAAACGCAAAAAUAACUGCUCUAAUGUGACCUGAACUGUUUGGUGGAAAUGAGGCUCAUGGGGCACUUGGACCACUCUCGUACCCUAUGAUGUGACAACAGGGGAAAAACUAACUAUGGAAUAGAAAUCCAGAUGUUCUACCAGUGUAAUCAGCACACGGGUAGUGUCACAGCUGGUUCUGUAAUGGUUUCCUCAGCUUCAUGUACAUGGCCUUUUUCAAACCUUUUUGUUGCCUCCAUUCAGUCAGUCUGGGAGACAGAUGGUCUUUAGGGAUAAUUCCUUAUUUAUUAUUAUUUAUUGCAACGUGAAUCUCAUUUGCAGAGUUUUAGCCAUCAUUUAAGUAAUGAGAUCUGGGAACACAGCAACAUCGGUCAGAAGGAGGCGGAGAGGGCAAGAAACACAAUAAGUCAGAGGAUCAGACAGGCCGUAAACAAACCUCCAGGUUAGCCCAAAUUAUUACAAAGAGAAGAUGAAGAUGCACGUAUUGCACAUAUUGCCGGGUUCAGAUCACAUGUUUUUUUGUGUGUUACAAUGGUCAUUGUGUCAGUUUAGACUGUUAGAGUCAUAAAUUCUUGACGUGACAGACUGCACCUUGGUAAACGAGCCUCUAAAAUGAAAGAAAAAAAAUGACUGUGACUAUCUCUCUGUUUCACAGUUCAACCUCACGCCACCAAUAACAUCAUCCCUCUUUCUCCCAUGUUUGCAGCUGUGCAAAAAAAAUUGCAACAUGCUACUCCCUCUGUCGGGACAUAGUGUCAUCCACUAUGACACACCAGACAGGAUGAAAUGAUGGAUUGUCGGGCCCGACGCCCAUUUUCAUUCCUGACUCGAGCCGACACCCUGCGUCUGUUGGGUUGGGAUAUAAUGAUGAUGAUAUUGUGAAGUCUGAACCCAGCAUUAGAGACAGCAGAUGUUGACAGUCAGCAAUGAAUGGAAUAAAAUAAAAACAACGUAAAUAUAGGUCUCAAAUGUGAGUAGGUGUCAGCCAGGUCAGGUGUGACAGAUGCAGGUGAAAUCUGAGUAAUGGCCCAGGCAGAACUCUUCUUUAGUUGUGCACACACAGUUUUCCUGUUGAAUCAGGAGCUAAUAACAACAUUCAUUUAUGUUGCCUCGCUUUCUGGUUUUGGCUAAACUUUUGGUUUGUUAACAACCUGUCUGAUCAUCUAAAUUUAAGUUUGUUUGAUUUGUAUUUUUGCUUUGUCACCAAACUUGCCAUGUUCUGACAUCUCUAUUUUAGUAAAUACAAGAUUCAAAUUAAAAAUUUAAACUUUACAAAAUUAAGACCCAAGUUAGUAAGAAACCAGAAUUGUCCUUCAAUAAUGUCCUCAUCCACAAGGGGGCGUAGCAUCAUUAGCAUCUUAAGGCUCAUUUAUACUCACUUUAGGUACAAAAAUAGACACAUCCAUUUCAAAUGUUGCAAAGGUAAUGCCCUCAUACUUCCAUGUGUCUUUUAUGAUAGCAUAGAUACAGCCCACAGAUGGCACUAGAGGGCAGAGUCAAAAAUUUCACACAACAAAUGAGAUAACGCUGGAGGAGGUUGUAAUUUCAUACCUUUAAACGGUGGUGGUCAUCGUGGAUGGAAAAUUCUUUUCACUGUAUUACCGAUUAGUUCUUUUCCGCCAUUAUUUAAAUUUCUUUGUCGUCGUCUGUGGUUGUAUGUUGUUUAAACUACGCUACACUGCUUCCAAGAUCUCCAGUGGCACUGAUCUGUUUCGUCCACAUCUGUAAGCUUUCAGAAAACUUACAUAAAUACAGAUGAAAUGAGCACAGAGUACGGACAGCAGGCCCCCUCCAUCUCUUUAGUUGAGCAUAAAUGAGCCCUUAGAUGUUCAGACUCUUUCCAUGAUGCAUCUUUGAUUGACUCUGUUAGGGCCAUUUUAUUCCAUGCAAAGGCACACAGAUGCGAGCGCAUUGGGACGCAUCGAGACGCAUUGGCCGCCAUGAUGCGUGCUUGCAUCUCAAAAUGUGUUGUCCAUGUUUUUUGAUACGCGACGCAGCGACACGUGUAAUACCAUGCAUUGCCAGCAGGGUGAUAAUGCAAGCGACGUACUUGAAAUUAAGCACUUUUUAUUAUUCACAGAAGAAGCAGGUAUGAAAUAUGGCGGGCGAGGAGGAAAAACUUUGUGAACUUGUAUGAGCACACCCCCAUUUAUAUGACAGUUCUAGUGCCCUGCACUCUCAUAAAAUAGCAGUACUAGCUAGCUGGAAUGUACCGGUGACUCUGCUACCCCCUAUUGCGUGAGUGAUGUAUUACAUUUCAAGUGUCGCCCUCAUCGCUUACGUUCAGUGUGUUGCUCGCGUCGCUUGCUCGUGUUGCGUGCGUUGACUAUGAAACGGCCCGUACUGUCAAAGUGCAUCAUGAUCGGGGAGGACACUGAACUACAUCCACAUCUGACCCUUGUUUGUAUGGCUGAAACAUAUCUUCUUACAUUUUCUUACAGCAUUCCAGCAUGAAUGAUUAUUCGGGUCAUGUAUUUUCAGUCUUACCUUCAUAACCUUAAACUUCACUUUUACCUGCCCCAAAGCUUUCUGUUACGGAGGUUGUCAAAGGAGAAAGAAAAGAAAAGCAGAUCCUGUUUUCUUUCAUCAAGGCAGCUUGACUUUGCGACAGCCUGCCUUUGCCUUCUGUUACACUUCGGCUGACAAAGAACUUCGCUUUUCAUUUUGUUGGUACUUUAGAGGUGAGGUGGUGGUGGGAGGAAGUUGAUUAGCAUGCCAGGAAGCACGGGCUGCCAGAACAAGAGCAGUUGGAUUAUGUUUGCAUGGGAGAAAUCCUCUGAUCGCUGCCUUUUGAUUCUGUCAUAAGGGUUUAAGAUUGUUAAUAUGACAGCGGAGAUUUAACCACAGCAAUGUGACGUCCUGGAACACACCGACCACCUUUACACCAUCGUGAAAUGCCUCGUAUCUGGAUUGUGUCUAGAUCUGACUUAGCUCGAUUAAUGCUGGAAUCCUUAUACACCUUACAUUUCAUACUUCAUGGUUUUUAACAUGACAGGGCUAAGAGUUUUGUUGGUUGUUUACAUGAUGUAAGUUGUGUAUUGUGUGUAGAUGUGUUUUGUGUACUUGCAUACUGUGUAACUUGAGUUUUGUACAUAUUGCUAUUUAUUUCAUAUGGAGUGUGUGUGAGUGUGAUAGAGAGAGAGAGAGUGUGACACGAGGGAUUAUUGCAAAGUGUGUUCAUUUAAAAUGCAGACACCACUUUUUUGUACCUUGUAAUGUUUGAACAAGCAGAUGGCAGCAGGUCCACACUUUGUCGGCGUGGCUCCUCACACGUAAAUCUGCACCUGGGUGAACAACAAGAGCAUAUUUACCACUCUGUCCCCUCUCACAGCAUGAAUCUUUUUGGCCUUAGAUGAAUCACAGUCACAUCCUCUUUGUUCAUCCACACUGCUGUUUGUGUUUGUUUGUAAAGAAACUGUAGCGUCCUGCAGAGAGGUGUUUCACGAACGCGGCUCAGAAAAGCCUGUCAUGAGUGAGCUCAACAAACUGAACCAGGAUAAAACUGUUUCGUAAAGGUUGAGUCAGAGCUGCUGAGGUCAGACUGGAACACAGGCCUAUAACAUCAAGCACAGAUCACAUCAGUGAAGGAAACAGGUAAAACCAAACUGUGAUGUUCACAGAAACAGAGCGGCACAUGUCAAACAGAAAACAGGAAGAAAAGUUGAGUUGAAUUAUGUUACAGUAUUUGGUUUCCACAUGUGACAUAUCAGCCUCUGUAUGGUGACAGUGCAGUUUUUAACACCCUCAGAUUGGCUGUCUGCCUCUCCAGUGUUUUGGAUGGUAGUAUUUAUGUGCAUCUGUUUCAUUUCUGUAAUUUACACAAGAUAAAUGAUGAAAAUUUUCACUAAGGCGAAAAUUAUUACCUUUAAUUUAAUCAUUUGAAUCGCCUGAAGCAAAAGAAACAAGACCUGAGUCUCAGACUGAGAGCACAGCAGUGCUUCUAGUAUCAGAGUGCUGUGACGCCCACAGUAACGAUGUUAACCUGUUAAUGUUGGACAGGUUUUGAUUUCCAUUUUUACCAUCUUACUUUACCAUGUUAGCAUGCUAACAUUUGCAAAUAAGCACUAAACUCAAAGUGCAGCUGAUUGAUUUGUAACCAAAUAUCUGCAAAUGACGAAGUAUUGGACAAAUUAAAAUGUUGACCUGAUGAUGGCGCUGGCAAUCAAAGAGUCACCAAAUUUAUAACAGUAUGAGCAUAAAUGACCAAAUUUUUGUGCAACCCAUCCAAAAGCUGUUGAGACAUUUCACUCUGAUCCACAAAUGUCAACCUGCUGGUGGCAGUAGUGCAGCACAGUCACCAGAAUGAAGGCCGUUGCACCCUGAGUCUGCACUUUUGAAAUUUUGCAUCCAAAAGAAAUCGUUGCACGCUGAUUCUGAUGUGUUUUAUCGCUGCAAAAUUUUGCAACAUGACACAAAAUGAAAAGACACAUUUCCUCCUUUGCCCCUCUCCACUGGAGUUACCUAUCUGACCGUCAUCCCUCCCUGUCUUACAUUUGACACAGCAGCUGCAUGAAGGGGCGGAGCUGUCCUCAACAUUCUGUGUGUGGUCCACAUCCUCCUCUUCCUCAUCAUCCACCUGACUUGUUGAAAGUAGCUGUCUGAGUUAUCAUCUGAGUCAUCCCAUUCCUCUGUCUUGUCCCGGCUGUGUCCCACCGCCUCAUUUUCUUCACUGAUUCUUGGUCAAACGUCUCUAAAGGCUCUGACGGAUGCAAAAAACAAAGCCGUUCCAAAAUGACAGAUGAAAGUUUUGGACUUAGUGUGCAAAUAUGAUUGACACAAUGUGAGGUUGUAAUUACUUUUUAGACGUGCAAGAAUUUCAGACAAUUAAAAAAAACAACCUGUGUGCAAAGGCCUUUAACGUUGGAAUUAUAUCUUUCCGCAAACCACAGUUAGGUUACAUUUGUACGUUAUUGUGCAGCAAAUAUUGUAAAACUUUAAUUUCUUUAUGUUUCAAAAACACUGGGAUUAACCUGUGGUUACGUUUAGGCACAAAAACCAUUUGAUUAUGGUUGGGAAAAGACAAUGUUGGCUAAUUGGCUGUUGGCUUAAUAGACCUACUUUUGGUGGCAAAAGCUCAGCAGGAAACACAGCAAUGUCUCUGUGUUUCUGUGGCACUCACCAAGAUGGAAAACGUGAUGAUGUCUUGGUAAAAUAUCACCACUUUCAUGGCACUAUCCUUGGUGAUAAAACAGCAGCUGGUCACUAAAACACACAUUUGGUAGCUAAAAGCUGCUGAAAUGCAGCGGUGACACCCUAAAAAAAAGUCAGUUUUGUUAUGUGUUCUCGAAUGAUGGCCAUCUUACAGCCAUCUUGCUUAGCUGUCCCACCAUCCACCAUCCCAUCUGCAUCCCAAAGACAAAGUCAGCUCAUAUAGCUAUGAUCUGUUGCAUAUAAAACGUACAAAUGUAAAAUGGUUUGCAGCAACGUACAAUGCCAUCAAUUUCUUGUGGCGACCUGGCUGCACUAAAGAUCAUCACUGAAGUUAGUCAGGAACUAUGAACGUCGGCAUCACAUUUUGUGCCAGUCCCUCAGUAGGCAGGUGAAAAUUUAACCUACUGGUGGUAUUAGAUAAAAAGUCAAAGGAGCACAACACUCUUUAGGAUUCAUCAUCUGGGAUCCAUGAAUGUCUGUACACAAUUCUGUAACAAUCCAUCCAGUAGUUGUCGAGAUAUUUCAGUCUGGACCAAAGUGGCGGACUGAUCAAACCUCUUCUAUGAGACAGACUUUCCUGGUUAAACCCUGAUGUACUGAGGUCAGUCAGGCUUUAUUGGUGAUGUUGCUUUGUCAAACACCCCUCUGGUUAUAUAAGUGACACAACAACGUGCUAAGUGGAAGACGUGAUUGAUGGUAAUGGCUGCGGAACAGGAUGGAAACCUGCAGCGCCGACAGUUUCUCCUCCAGCGUAGUUUGAAAGCACCAGAUGGUUAUAGUCACUGUUUGUGAUUGUAGUGUCAUCACACACACUGACAGUGUCAGCUCUCAUCGAUGGCUGUGACCUCCCCUUAGCUUUGUGACAGAUGACAAAAUGUUGUUUUCACCCAUUUACACCGUCCACACUAAGUGCAUGUUUUGUAGAAAAAUAAAGUCCAUUACUUAACGAUGUGGCCUCGCUGUGUGUUCAUGCUUUGCCCUCGCUGUAUAAAAACUUGUCACGUGUAAAAUAUGGAACAUGAAGUUGAACGAUCAGGUCUGUGUUCACAUGGUGGUUC